AUGGAUUCCUUCACUGCCAUCAUCCCUGUCUUCACCACCCAACCCUCCGUCGAGGUUCCCUCCGACCUUGAGACUGGUGGAGGCUCUGGAAACGGCGCCUACUGCGUUAUUGCCUAA